CUUGAAUUCAUUCUAUUGUUUCGAUUAACAUGAACUAUCUUUUCUUUUUCAAAUUCAAGCCAAGAGGUUUUCUUAGCUCCUUGAUUAAGUUGCUUUCUUAGAACACUUCUUCAGAUUGAUCAGACUCCACCUAAAUUAGAAAAUACAACAACUCAAAAUGAAAGCUGUAAUUCUUUUGCUGGUUCCAAGAUUCACGAUCUCUCCUCCUUCUGAACAAAUAAAACCUUCUAAUAGUUGACACAACAGAAUGGAAGCACACUAUUUGCUCUGAAGUUGAAUGUUGGCACACAAAAUUAAACGUUGAUAAGCAGCAAGACGGAUCAAAAACGUAUUUUUAAAAUCCUAACACCAAGUUUUAAAGCUGUUACAAUGAUAGGCCCGUUUGAUUUGACGUACAUCUCUUGUGUCCUUCUCACGUGGUACACACCACAGAAUACCCCUUCUCCAGAAUCUGCAGAGGGAGUUCUGUACCCUCUACCAGAAAAUUUACACGUCACACUUGACGCCAAGUACGUGGAAUCCUUCGACGAAAUCUUCAUCAUUGGAGAUGUGCACGGCUGCUACGACGAGCUCUUGAUGCUGAUCCAAAAAGUUGACGUACCCGGAAGGAACAUUCUGAAGAUUCUAGCAGGCGAUCUUGUCGUGAAAGGACCGAAGAACAUCGAAGUCCUGGACCUGGUCAAAGAUUCAAAUUCCAUCAUAGCUGUCAGAGGAAACAACGAGGAGAAAGUUCUGAAAGAAUAUUUUCGAAUGCAAAAUGGCGACUACGAAUUGAAGAAGAGCGACGAGUGGAUCAGGGAUCUAACCCCAGACCACAUACGGUACCUAACAGAGUUGCCUUACACAAUCUCCUUACCUUCAGUGAAUGCUGUUGUAGUUCAUGCUGGUCUUCUCCCCGGAGUUCAAGUGGAAGCCAACGAUAUCCAUGCCAUGGUCAAUAUGAGGAACAUCAAGAUCAACUUCCAGGAGGGAAGCUUCAAAGCACUGGAUAAUGUAUGCGAAGGUGAAGCAUGGGCGUCUUUGUGGUGUGGUCCUCAACAUGUUUUCUUCGGGCACGAUUCCAGGCGCAUGCUUCAAAUUGAGAGGGCAGCUACUGGUCUUGACACCGGUUGCGUGUAUGGGAAGAAUUUGACGGGUAUUUUCGUCAGUGGGCCUCGUAAAAGUCAAUUCAGACAAGUAGCAGCUUUAAAAGAAUACCGCGUUCAGAAGCCUAAAUUUUGUAAAAAAUAGUUUUCUUUGACUUAAUAGGAAGACAAAAGUAGCUGUAAAGAAAAACCAUAGCGGUUUCUGAUUUAAAGUCUCGAAAUCAGUACCGUAAACCAGGACAACUUUGCUAAGUGGGCUUAGAAAAUGACAAAGAUGUCCCUUUCGCAAAAGUGUCCUGGUUGACGGUGAUAAAAAAACGCAAGUAUGAUUAAAAGAAUCCACUGUUGCUCUUAAUUAUAAUUUCCAUUAACACCUUUAUUGAACAACAGUUUAAAAUAUACUUCAAUUUUCUUCUUCUUUAUUGUACUGUAAAAAGUUGAAUGAAUAGAUAAAAUUCUGGCCACAUAUGUACCGAUUGUUACAAUAUUUGAUUGAAAAGGGCAACUUUUAAUUAUAAUGUUACCAUAAUUUGUACGAUUUUGAAACUCAAUUUGUAAUGCAUGAAUCAACACUUCAGCUGUUUUGUUUUGUUUUUUUUUUUGUAUUUCAAAUUGUGAAUUAAAAAAUAUU